CUGGGAUUCCCGUGGCGUAUUCCAGCUUAUUCUUCGUUUCCAAUUUUUGAAAAUUUCAAUUAAACUAUGACUGACAUCCUAAAACCUGAUUUGCUAUGGAUAGAAGGAAGGUGUUACCGAAUAAAUGAUUCCAAUACCGAAUUAACAUCUUUUCAAGAACACGAUUUGUAUGAAAAUGAUGUACCAUAUGAUGAUGUGAAUGAUGCUGAUGACGAUGAUGACAAUUUUGAUGUUGUGUUAUUAGAUAACAGCCGAUUUACUACAAGUUUUCAUGUAUCUAAGCAUUAUAUCGGCGCAAUAAUUGGCAAAAAAGGGGCAGUAAAAUGUAGAGUUGAAAGAGACACAAAAACUGACAUUAAAAUACCUAAACAGGGCCAAACUGGAGAUAUCGUCAUAUUUGGGUCAAGUGCAUCGAGUGUAAAAGCAGCUAGACGCAGAAUAAAUAUUAUAGUGAUGUCUUCAAGAAUGAAACAGAGACCUACACAUUUUAUAUCUAUACCAAUGAAUAGUCCAGAUAUAAUGAAUAACUUUGAAACUUUUAAGAACAAUGUACUUCGUGAUUGUCCAGGAAGAGGAUUGGAUGAAUCACUAUUUAUUAAACCCAACAAAUUACAUCUUACAUUGGGAGUUAUGUGUUUGAUGGACAAUGAGGAAAGACUUUUGGCAUCAAAAUUGUUGACUGAAGCUAAAGAGAAAAUUAUUUUACCUAUGCUGGAGGAUUAUUUACCUUUUAAAAUUAGACUAAAGGGUCUGUCAUACAUGAACGACGACCCGCGAGAAAUCGAUGUGCUGUACGGUCGCGUGCAGGAAGAGGGAGCCAGCACUGGUCUCAUUCAGAAGUUGGCCGAUAGCUUAGUCAGUCACUUUUAUAAAGCAGGUUACAUGGAAAAAGAUCACGGUAGAGAUAAUGUGAAACUGCACGUAACUUUAAUAAACUCUAAAUACAGAAGUCGGGCGGCGCAAGGUGGAGAAGAUUCGCUCUCAUCUACUUCUAGAAACUCGAGGCAACCGCGAGUAACGUUUGAUGGCUCUGAGAUUCUGCGAAAAUACGCAGAUUACGAUUUCGGCGUCAUAGAAUUCAAAGAAAUUCAUCUCUCACAACGCCAUUCGAUAGGCAACGACGGGUUUUACCAACCUACUUGUGUUAUUUGUUGCAGUACGUAAUUACGAUGUUAUAUUUUGUUAUUUAUUUAUAAUAAAUGUUGAAAAUAA